UCAAUGUUUGCGUAUGGGAGGUUGCAUCGAAGUCAAUAUUUUAUGUCUUCCAUAGCUGCGCUCCUCGUGGCUUUCAGAAACUUGAGGUGUUUUAUGAUUUUCGGAUGCUUCGGUUAUGAACGGGAAUGGUGACUUCAUCAUAACGGACCAAUAGGUAUACGAAUUUAAAUCUAAAAGUAACACUACUGUUCGACCUGCCGUUCCUCGAUAGUAUCAACGCGUAACACACACGACAAAGGCCACCAUGAUACUGUUGUUAUUCCCUCUACUCCUGACCGUCUGCUGCGGAAUGUCUACAGUGCAUCGCAGUCCACUGAAUGACUUCCAGCGCUCGGAGGGCAGGGAGCUGGUGCCCACGCCAUGGAACUCAGCGCUGGCGCUCAUAACAGAAGGUCUCACCCUGGAGGACUGUGCUACUCGAUGCUCCCUAUCGCUCGACUGCAGAGCCUUCAAUUAUGAGACGCGACCUUCCAUUACCUGCAAACACUUGCAAUGGGUGGGCGAUGGCAGCAAUGCGGAGGUGAAGAGAAAUGUAAACUGCGACCUUUAUGAGAAAAAGGUCUAUGUGAGGAAGUGCAUUGUGGGAAAAGGUGAAGACUACAGGGGGAAGGUGUUCACAACAAGAAGUGGACACACUUGUCAACAGUGGUGGUCAAAGUUCCCCCAUGAUCACAGGUGGACUCCUACCGGGGACAACGGCCUGGAGCUCAACUACUGCAGGAACCCGGACGGGGACCGUAUCGGCCCCUGGUGCUACACCACAGACCCGGAGCGCCGCUACGAGAGCUGCCAUAUCCCCCACUGCAAAGACGAGGUGUGUAUCACGUGUAACGGCGAGGACUACAGAGGUCAGGUGGACCACACUGUGAGCGGCAGAGAGUGCCAGAGAUGGGACCAGCAGUACCCCCAGCAGCACAUCUACCAGCCAGAGAAGUACCCGGACAAGAGCCUGGAUGACAACUACUGCCGGAACCCGGACGCCUCGCCCGUCCCCUGGUGCUACACCACGGACCAGGAGGUGGAGAGAGAGAGCUGUGAGAUCAGCAAGUGCACCGUGGCCCCUAAGAAGCGUCAUCGCUCCAGCUACACCACCAACUGCUUCCGCAGCCGGGGGGAGGACUACCGCGGCCGCAUCAACGAGACCACCUCUGGGAUCCCCUGCCAGCGCUGGGACGCACAGUACCCCCACGAACACCCCUUCUACCCCAACACAUACGAAUGCAAGGGCCUGGAGGAGAACUACUGUAGGAACCCAGAUGGAUCGGAGGCUCCCUGGUGCUUCACAUCUGUGCCUGAGAUGAGGACCGCGCUUUGCUUACAGAUCAAACGCUGCGCAGACGACAUCGAAGCUGAAGAUUGCUACCACGAAAAUGGGAAGAACUACAAAGGCAUGGUGCGCAAGACACGCAAGGGAAUAACUUGUCAGAACUGGAACGUCAACACACCCCAUCAGACAAAGAUCAACCCGAGCACCCACCCGGACGGCAACCUGACGGAGAACUACUGCCGCAACCCGGAUGGGGACCGGCACGGCCCCUGGUGCUACACCACCGACUCCAAGACCGAGUUCGACUACUGCGCCAUCAAACAAUGCGCUGGUGGGAAGGACCCCGUCAUUGAGCCGGCAGAGGAGCCCCGCUUCAGCGAGUGUGGGAAGCGCGACGAUCGCGUUCCCGAAGUGACGCGGCGGUUACGCAUCGUGAACGGCGUUCCUGGGAACUCUCCCUGGACCGUGAGCCUCCGGGACAGGAAGGGAAACCAUUUCUGUGGCGGCUCGCUGGUGGACCCCAGAUGGGUGAUUAGCACCAAGCAGUGCUUCUCCUCAUGCUACGUGGAUCUCCCGGGCUACUCGGCCAUGAUGGGCACCCUGUUUCGGGACCCCGAAGAAGGGGAGCCCGGCGUGGAGGCCAUACCCCUCACUAAGAUUGUCUGCGGACCCUCAGAGUCCCAGCUGGUCAUGCUUCAGCUGGAAUACCCCGUCCAGAUCAACGCACGCAUCUCCCAGAUCUGCCUCCCUCCGGAGCGCUACAUUGUACCAGAGGGGACGUACUGCGAGAUCGCCGGCUGGGGCGAGACCAAAGGCACGGGGGAUGAUUCGGUGCUGAACGUGGCCCAGAUCCCUGUCCUCGGCAACAGGGAUUGCAACAAGUACUUCCGGGGCCGCGUACGGGAGAACGAGAUGUGCACCAGCUCCUUCCAGGGAGGGAUCGGCGCCUGUGAGAGGGACUACGGAGGCCCCUUGGCGUGUCAGAACAGCGACUGCUGGGUGCUGGAGGGUGUCAUCAUCCCCAUGAGGCGAUGCGGGCAUCCGGGCCAGCCCAACAUCUUCAUCAGGGUGUCGGUCUACGUGGACUGGAUCAAGAAGGUCAUGGGCAUGACCUAGAGACGACCCAGGCGUCGCCCCGGGUGGGACUGACACACACCCACACACACACACACACACCCACACACACACCCACACACACAUGGGGCUGACGCCCGAGAACACCUGUCCAUCGGCUGCCUGCUUCGUCUCCUAUGUCGUGUUAAACAACCUGUAUCUUUUAUUAUUCCUAAGCAUUAAGCUACAAAAAGAAACAUUUAAGGUUUGUGUAUAUUUGCAAAAUGUGUAGCAUUAGACACAUAGGGAGCUUUUCAAUAGCACAAAUGAGGAGUCUGGCUGCAAUUAAAUGUAUGGUAGUCAUUAUUUUAGCUCUUAAUAUAUUAACACAUUCCCAAUGAAAUCUGCAAUGGUUGGCUUAACGCAGAACUUACUUCAACAAUAAUGGAUGUAUUAAUAUUUGCCUUUAUGUAUAUCUAAGUUUUGACACAAUGUAUUUUCAUUUGAAGGCUAUAACAACUGUAGACUGUAGGCAGACUCAUUUCCAUCUGCUGUAUUCUUUGGGCUUACAGGAAAUGUGAAGAGGUUGUGCUCUCAUUAAAAAAUACGGGUAGUUGUACUAAUUCCCCAUAUUUCAGAGAACAGAAUGACUAAUUACCAUAGUGUCAAAUUCAUAUAGCAGUUCAGGGAAGGGAGGUUCUUUUAAACUUCCAAUGUACCCUGAAAAUAUUCUCUCAACCCUCACUGCAAAAACAGUAUGCCUCUCGCUCACUCACUCUGUCUCUCUCUCUCUGCCUCUCCCUGUCUCUCCCUCUUUCUCUCACUCUAUCUCCAUAUCUCUCUCCAUGUCAAUCUCUCUCCCAGUCUCAGUCUCUCUCCCUCUCUCUCUCUCUCCCCCUCCCUUUAUCUCCCUCUUUCUCACAAUCUCUCUCCCAGUCUCAGUCUCUCUCUCCCCCUCUCCCUCCCUCUCUCUCUCCCUCUCUCCCUCUCUCUCUCUCUCUCUGGUGUUGAAUGGAGAUCUGAAAUACCUUCUUUGCCCCCAGCCACUGAAGAAAUCCCUCCUCUGGCUGUCUGUUGAUGCCUCCCCCCUCUAAAGACAUGCCAUUGUGCCUUAUGCAGAACUGUACGCGCUGCACAUUCCUGUCUAUUCUAUAGGAGGAUUUCUGUACCCCGGUCCUGAUGAGCCCGUUGGAAUUCAGCUUAAAUAAACCUCAAGAUCAGAGUCCAACAGAACCUCAGACACACAGCCGGCUACAGGCCGCUGAACUCUCUCUCUCUGUCCUUCCUUCUGUCUCUCUCUGACUCUCUACUACUCGCUCCCUCAGUCUCUCGCCCUUCUCCCUCUAGUUGACUUUCACUCUCUCUCUCUCUCUCUCUCUCUCUCUCUCUCUCUCUCUCUCUCUCUCUCUCUCUCU